UUCCCGGAAGCUCAGCAAGAUGUGACAAGUUUUGCCGAAAUAGCGGCGUUUCUCUCCAUGUAGACUGAAAAUUAAACCUUAAUAAGUUACUCGCCAUUGCCCGUAGCACCGUAAAGAUGAGUGAGAGUGUUACCCAACAGGACCCUGCUGCUCUGAGAGAGGAGGGAAACUCCCUGUUCAAAGCGGGAGACAUAGAAGGCGCUGUCUGCUGCUACACCAAAGCACUGAAACUGAGUGACACCCAAGCAGAGAGAGCUGUCCUGCACCGCAACCGAUCAGCCUGCUACCUGAAGCUGGAGGAGUACAGCAAGGCGGAGGCUGAUGCUUCCAAAGCACUUGAUACUGACCCUGGCGAUGUGAAAGCAAGGUUUCGGAGGGCCCAGGCUUUCCAGAAACAGAAUCGACUUGACCAGGCCUUUUUGGACGCUCAGAGGUGUGCCCAGCUGGAGCCCAACAACAAAGCUUUUCAGGAUCUGCUCAGACAGCUGGGAGCACAGAUCCAGCAAAAGUCAGCACAACUGAACUCCACAGAUGCCCGCGUACAGCAAAUGUUCUCUCUUCUUCUAGAUUCGUCUGCUAAAGACUCAGAUCGACAGAAGGCUGCACAGAAUCUGGUCGUGUUAUCAAGAGACGAGGCCGGAGCCGAGCAGAUCUUUCGUAAUGACGGAGUGAAGCUGCUUCAGAAACUUCUUCAGUCAAAGCUGGAGGAUGUUGUUCUCUCUGCACUCAGGACAUUGGUUGGGUUGUGCACAGGGCAUCAGUCGAGAACUAUGGCCAUAGUGAACGAGCUGGGAAUGGAGCAGCUGUGUGCUGUAAUGGGAGCAGGAGCCUCCACUGUGUGUCUGGCAGCCUGCCACCUACUGCAGGUGAUGUUUGAGGCUCUCACAGAGGGCAUGAAGAGAGAGAUCAGAGGCAAAGAUGAAGCCAUUCUUCCCGAACCGUCCAAGGAGCUGCGGUCAAUGCUACGCCAUCUUUUGGAAAUGUUGCCAGCAGCCAAUGUGUCGGGGGCAGGAAGAGACGGUGCCAUCAACCUCCUGGUCAAACAAGUACCCCGCAAGUCGUUGAAGAACCCGGACAAUUCCCUCACCUUAUGGGUGAUAGACCAGGGGCUGACGAAGAUCCUGCAGGUAGCUGGAACUGUACCUGAGCUCUCAGAUGGACCAGCGCUUACAGACAACACUCAGAUGAGCUGCUCGGUCUUGCUCAGCAAACUCUACGAUGACCUAAAUGGCGACAAAGAGCGAGAGAACUUCUACAAACUAUGUGAAGAAUAUGUCCAGCAACACUUUGGCCGAAGUGGCCUGGACGCCAAGCUGCGAGCUAUCCAGACAGUAUCUGUGCUCCUCCAAGGACCGAGUGACGCGGGUAACAGAGCGUUGGAAAUGUCAGGAAUGAUGGAUGCAGUGAUCUCUCUGUGUGCCUCCGAAGACGUGACUCACCAGCAGGUAGCUGUGGAGGCUCUCAUCCACGCGGCAGGCAAAGCCAAGAGAGCCUCCUUCAUCACAGCUAACGGCGUGGCCCUGUUGAAGGACCUCUACAAGAAGAGCGAGAACGACAGGAUACGCGUGAGAGCCCUGGUGGGUUUGUGCAAGCUUGGCUCAGCGGGCGGGACGGAUUUCAGCAUGAAGCAGUUUGCAGAGGGAUCCACGCUUCGUCUUUCCAAGCAGUGCAGGAAAUGGCUGCGUAAUGAGUCUUUGCCACCAACGUCCCGCCGCUGGUCCGUCGAAGGUCUCGCCUACCUCACCUUUGACGCCGACGUGAAGGAAGACUUUGUGGAAGACAAGGAAGCGCUCCUGGCCAUGUUUGAACUAGCAAAGUCUGAGGAUAAGACUGUGCUCUUCGCAGUGGGCUCAACAUUAGUGAACUGCACCAACAGUUACGAUGUGGAGAAACCAGACCCUCAAAUGGUGGAGCUGGCCAAGUAUGCAAAGCAGCAUGUGCCUGAGGAGCAUCCCAAGGAUGCACCUUCGUAUGUGGAAAAGAGGCUGUCGAAGCUGCUCGAGGCUGGUGUUGUGUCUGCAUUAGUUUGCAUGGUCAAACAGGAGAGUCCUGCCCUCACUGACCCUUGCAAAGAAUCGAUUGCCAGGGUGUUCUUGGCUUUGGUGGAAAGACAGGAAGACAGAGGCACGGUGGUGGCACAGGGUGGAGGAAAGGCUCUGAUCCCACUUGCAUCAGACAACAGCAGUGUAGGAAAAAUCAAAGCGGCACAGGCCCUGGCGAAAAUAACCAUCACAUCUAACCCAGAGAUCGCCUUUCCGGGAGAAAGGAUAUAUGAGGUGGUGCGCCCCCUGGUCAGCCUCCUGAAUCUUGAGUGCACCCUGCUGCAGAACUUCGAGGCGCUCAUGGGUCUCACCAACCUGGCUGGCAUCAGCGAAAGACUCAGACAGAAGAUCAUCAAAGAGAAAGCCGUACCCAAAGUUGAAGGCUACAUGUUCGAGGAGCACGACCUGGUCCGAGCCUCUGCUACAGAGUGCAUGUGUAAUUUGAUAUUAAGCACGGAGGUGCAGAAGCUGUACUUGGCCACGGGAAGUGAUCGCCUGAAGCUGCUGGUGCUUUACAGCGGAGAGGAAGACGAGAGGCUGCGGAAAGCUGCAGCGGGAACUCUGGCCAUGCUGACUGCUGAACAGCCUGAGAUCUGCGCCCGUAUCCCUGGAACUACCACCCACUGGCUCGAGAUUUUGCAGGCUUUGUUGCUAAGUGAAAUAACCGACCUGCGUCACCGUGCAGUGGUCAUCGUUCAUAACAUGAUGCAGGCAGACAAGAGUCUGGCUGAGACGCUCAUGGAAAGUGAAGCUAUGGAGAUCCUUUCUGUGCUGGCAAAGGGAGGAGAAGGAACCCCGGACCCCGUCUCAAAGAUAGCUCAGAACUGUCUGUCCAAAGCUGUGGAGUACGGCAUCAUCAAAAGCAGUCAAGGUCAGGAAAAUGGCAGAGGAACCGAGCCCUGAAAACACCUGCAGAGAAAAUACGCAGUUAGACAAUUUCACUUUUUGUUAGGACAUACAUUCCUGAAAACUCCAAGUGUCUUAAGGACCUGUGAAAUGCAGUCGGGGGCUUACGAGAUGAAAACCAGCAGAUAUUCAUGUGUGUUUCCACUGAAGUGUUUUUACUGUUGAUUUGCGUUGUGUAAUCCUGUUUGCUCAUGCAGUUGACACAGAAAUGCAUUUUUCCACUUGUAACAUUCUCCUUUUGACAUUCUUUUCUGAAAAUCAUCAUUCCUUCAAGUGUGCAGAUACUUUAUUUUUUCACUAUUCUUACAAAUAAGUUGUCCAUAUUUUCACCUAUAUACAUUUAAUAUUUUGCUCUAACCAGAAACAUUUCUCCAACAUUAUUACAUAGUUUUGUUUGCAAAGGUUUUCUUAUCAUCCCUGCUAUAAAAAUUCAGUUUCACUUCAGAUGUA